AUGGAAGGAUUCAUCGUGGGAGGCGAACCUGCUUAUUUACAUCACCAUCCACAUUCAGCAUUUUUAAGGUUAACAUGCUGCGAUACCUCGAGCUGGAUUUGUGGAGCGUCAAUACUGAAUCAGCACAUCCUUUUGACGGCCGCGCACUGCAUUGACGGAUGUACCGUCACAACUCUGAAUAUAGUAGUGGGUCACCGCAACAGGUACCGAGGGAAAACAUUUUUCGCAUCAGCCAUUAUGAUUCACAAAGGUUACGAUAUUGCGGAUUCAGUAAACGAUAUAGGGCUCGUGGUGCUGCGAACUCCAUUGAAUUUGGAUAAAAACAAAAGUCGGGUGGCCAUCAUGAAAAAGCCUCCGAAUCGAGGAGAAGCCGUCGUCGCAGGAUGGGCUCUUUCAGUUGCUUCAAUUAAAUCGUUGCGAAUGUUCAAAUUAUUAUUUUUCAUGGUCGCCAGCGCCGGCGUGAGAGCGAAUAACUCUCAUAACAUUAAGGGAUCACAGAGGCGCAUUUACCAUGGCUACGAAGCGGCGAUUCAGAGUUACCCUCACGCGGUAUUCCUUCAUUUUCGUGGGACCAGGCCAUCGUCGUGCGGAUCUUCACUGGUGUCGGAGCAGGCGGUGGUAACAGCAGCGCAUUGCGUGGACGAGCUACGGUAUGGACGAGGCUCCAUCGACGCCUACCUCGGCUCUGUCAUCCCCAAGCACGCGAGGGUCCUGAGACCCGUGCUAGACUACCGGGUGCAUCCCAAGUACCUGGAGACCACGGGUAGGCACAACAUUGCGGUGGCGUUCUUCAACCGACGAGUGACACUCUCGCCCUCCAUUCAGAAGAUCCCUCUUGCAACUACGAACCCAGCGGCGGAUUCUAUCGUGUAUUCUGUAGGAUGGGGCAAACAAACUGUAAACAACUUCAAGCUGCCCGACCUGCCUGGGUUUCGCAGCAUGAGGGUGUCCAUGCAGCGCGCCGUGUCCCGGAGUAUAUGCAGCAACUACUCUGACAUCAGGAUCACGCCCACCCUGCUCUGCACCGUACCCGUGAUGGGGCAUAUGCACAUGGAUGACUCCGGAGAUGGUCUGGUGCAGAAGAGUGGCGGCCUGCGGCUGAUGGGUGUAUUGUCGUACGUAGCACGCGGGGUCAACGUUUACACCGGUAUCUUGAACACCAGGCGCUGGAUCACCAGGGUCCUACGCUCGCUAUGCUUGGAGCACUGCACCGACAGCCAUAAACUCCAACGAAGGGCUGGUGCAGAAGUGCGGCGUCUCGCAGCUGAUGGGCAUGCUGUCAUACGUGACGUUCGGAGACAACGUUUACACCGACGUCUUCAACACCAGAUCCUGCAGCGCUCUCGACCAGGAGCACUGCACUGACAACGAAAAGAACUUAUGAAGAAACUGACUUAUACUACUAGUAUGACUAGAGAUAUUGAGUUCCGAAUGUUGUCUUUUAGUUAUUUC